AUGAGUUCUUUUUUGAAACUUCUGAAUCCUCUGAAAUCAGAAAAAUCUAGCCAGCAUUGCAAUAUAUGUAAUGCUUCAUUUAAUUUGACUUUGAAGCCUCAUGAAUGCUCAGAAUGCUAUACUUUAGUUUGUUCAGAGCAUGUAAAUAAUUCUCCCACAGACGAUCCAGUUUGUGACGAGUGUCUUAAAGGAAGAAUCAAAAAGGAGCUAAACGUAGAAUACACAUAUCAUCUAUCAUCUCUCAAAAAGGAACUAUCUGAACUUAAAGCAUUUAAAAGCGAAAAGAGAAAAGGGAUAGCAUCGAUGGACACAAAAAUUAACGAAUUGAUAGAUCAGACGAGAUCUGAAGAGAAAACACAUCAUAAGCAGGUCGAAGAUUUUGAGCAAAAAACAAAGGCUUCAUUAGACCAAAUUAAACAGCUUGAGGAAGAAGAAAAAAAAUUAAAAAACGAAAUAGAGAGAUCUCAAGCAAACACAAAGCAAUUAAAAGAAAAAUUAGUUUCAGUUAAUGGAGCCCAACAAUCCAGGAAGCUUGAAAAAACGGGAUUAGAAACUGAGGUUGAUGAGUUUAAUGAGCAGGAAACGAAGCUAUUAGAAGAAAACCAGCAGCUCAUAACGUAUCAAAGAGUAAGGACUAUGUCUUGUUCGAAAUGCCAUAAAACUAUAAAGCAGAGAUUUAAAGAGAAAAUUAUAGAAAUUCUGAGAUUUGAGGGUCAUGAAGAAAUGAUAGCAAGCCUUGAAGGGGAGAUAAAGACUGGCAAGAAGGACCAAGAAGAGGUAACAAGAAAUCCAUGUGCUUGUGCUAUAAUUUAG